CAUCUCCAAUGAGGUGGUCGGCAGACUGAUUACAAAAUGGAGUCUUGAGCCUGAACAUGCUCAGUACAAUCACAUGCCUAUAAUCCCUCCCACACCACAGAGGUACAGUCAAACUGGCAAAUCAACAUACACAUAAAAUUUUUGUUGUUCUUGUCAUUUAUUCUUUCAGUCGCUGCUCCCUGUCAAUUGCCACCCCCAGCUCCUUGAGGUCAAGCCAGUCACUUCAAGGAUACCAUCCAUCCAUCUUGCCCUUUUUCGGCCCCUCUUCCUUUUUCCUUCCAUUUUCCCCAGCAUCAUUAUAUUCUCCACUCUUUCCUGUCUUCUCAUUAUGUGGCCAAAGCAUUUCAUCUUUGCGUCUAAUAUCCUUCCCUCCAGUGAGUAGUCGGGCAUGAUUUUCUGGAGUAUGGACUGGUUUGAUCUUCAUUCGGUCCAAGGCAUUGUCUCUCUCUGCCUUCCUUAUAGUCCAGCUCUUGCAUCCAUAGGUUACAAAGGGGAAUACUAUUGCUUUAACUAUGCCAGUGUGAUGUCUCUACUCUUCACUAUUUUAUCAAAUCAUUACGUCUUCUGAUUUCCUGGCUGCAGUCUGCAUCUGCAAUAAUCUUUGCACCUAGAAAUACAAAGUCUGUCACUGCCUCCACAUUUUCUUCCUCUAUUUGCCAGUUAUCAAUCAAUCUGGUUGCCAUAAUACAGGCUAGUAAAUAUAUAUAUAUUAGGAAAUGAACAGUGAAAGGCUUGGGAGGUUGUAAUUUCAACAUCUCCGGAGUCUUCCAAGUUUUUGUCCUGUGGAGAGCACCCAAAGGCAACUCGGGGUCUGGGUAUCUCCACCCGCUUCCCCCUUCCUUCCUUCCUUCCUUCCUUCCUUCCUUCCUUCCUUCCUUCCUUCCUUCCUUCCUUCCUUCCUUCCUUCCUUCCUUCCUUCCUUCCUUCCUUCCUUCCUCCCCUCCCCCCCCCCCUCCCCAAGGCGGUGGUUUACACCUGGCGCAUCUCUCCUCCUCCCUCUCCCACCUCCUCUCUCUCUCUCUUUCUCCCCUCCCAUUCGCCUCCCCUUUAACUCUUCCCCUCUGGCUCUUCCUUUCAUCCUCCUCUGCCCCCCGGCAGGCGUUUCUAUUUAUCCCCCACUCUCCCUCCCUACCACAACCCCCCACCCCCGCCGUCCAGUGAGUGGCGUCACCAGAGGUAGGGGCAAUGACGCCGGCCCCCAUUCAGGGAUGACAGCUUUAGAGAGACGCGGGCCAUGGUGAGCUCCCUCGCAGAGCCGGCGCGGCGCACGGGAGGCUCCGCAUCCUCGCAAGGUCAUCCUCCUCCUCCUCCUCCUCCUCUCCCCGCCGCCCCCCUCCUCCUCCCCGCGGCGCCGUUGUGGGCAUUGGCAGGAGGGCAGCCUCGGCGGGAAGGUCUCGGGGUCGAGGCGGCGGGCGUGGAUGGGGCUCGGGGCGGGGGCCGCGCACACAGGCCUCUCCUGGGCACCAUGGACGGCCGGAAGGAGAUCUCGGUGAUGUUCCUGGAAGGAGGCGCCCUCGGGCCUCGGGCGGGCAAGAGGGCGUCCGCCUUGGCAGAGGCCGGCGGGCAAGAGACCCCGCAGGACAAGGCGAUGAUGCACCGGAGGCCCCGGGAAAGGCGAGGAGGAGGCGAGGAGGAAGAGGAGGAGGAGGAAGAGGAGGAGGAAGUGGAAGUCCUGCCGGGGACAGGGACGGUCCCGGAGAGCCGCUCGGCGGCGGCGGCGCUGCUCCUCUCGGCCGGACAGACCCCGCAACCGCCGCCCCCUCCGCCCCCGCUCCACCGCCUCUCCGCCAAAGGCCAGCAGAGCAGCUCGGACACCGAGUCGGACUUCUAUGAGGAGAUCGAGGUGAGCUGCACCCCGGACUGCGGCACCGGCAACGUGGAAUACCACCAGCAUGGCAAAGGACAGGGCUCAGAGGCCUCGACGGGGAGCCCCAGCAGCAGCGGCGGCGGCGAGCCCCCCAAAAGCAACGGAGGAGGCGGAGGAGGAGGCGUUGGGGGCGGAAGCAGCUCGCAAGGGUCGUUGUCCUGCAGCGCCAGCGAUCAAAUGCGCCGCUACCGGACGGCUUUCACCCGGGAGCAGAUCGCCCGCCUGGAGAAGGAGUUCUACCGGGAGAAUUACGUCUCCAGACCCCGGAGGUGCGAACUGGCAGCCGCCUUGAAUCUCCCAGAAACCACCAUCAAGGUGUGGUUCCAAAACCGGCGGAUGAAGGACAAGCGGCAGCGCCUGGCCAUGACGUGGCCCCACCCCGCCGACCCGGCCUUUUACAGCUACAUGAUGAGCCACGCCGCGGCCACGGGCAACCUGCCCUACCCUUUCCCCUCUCACCUGCCGCUCCCCUAUUACUCCCCGAUGGGGCUGGGGGCCGCCUCGGCUUCCGCCGCCGCAGCCGCCGCCGCCGCUUCCCCCUUCGGCUCCCCGCUGAGGCCGCUGGACACCUUCCGCGUCCUCUCGCACCCGUAUCCGCGGCCCGAGCUGCUCUGCGCCUUUCGCCACCCCUCGCUGUACGCGGGGCCUACGCAGGGACUGGGCGGCGGCGGGGGCGGCGGGGCGGCGGCGGGCAGCCCGUGCUCCUGUUUGGCUUGCCACGGAGGCGGGGGCCAAAGCAACGGCUUGCCCCAAAGGCCGCCGCCGGCCUCGGACUUCCCCUGCGCGGCGGCCAGCACCAGGACGGACUCCUUCCUGACUUUCACGCCCUCGGUGCUGAGCAAGAGCGCCUCGGUGGCCCUGGACCAGCGGGAAGAGGUCCCCUUGACCAGAUAGGAAGCGCCCUCUCAGGUUCCCCCCCCCCCCUCCACCCCUGGACACUUCCCUUCCCGCAGCCCGUCCAAGAACUGCCGCCCCGUCGUUAUUUAAUUGCAGACAGGGAUGAGACUCCCAAACGCCAAGGAGGGAACUUUGAGCAAAACCAUCUUCUUCGCUUUGUUUUGCUUCUCUUCAAUUGAAGGAUUUCUGUGCCGCCGGGAUCCGUGGGAAAAUACAAUAGAAGGCAUAAAGGACCACCCUUUGCAGAAGAAGAAAGGCUCCGUCUACACUGGCCAUUUAAUGCCAUUCAAACCGCAGAAGCCAGGCAACAAACUCUCACAAUAAGCCAUAUCAUGCGCAUCCCUUUCUUUGUGGCUUGGGUGUCAUCCCCAUCCGAAUCUCAAACCAGGACUGGGUUGCUGUGAGUUUUCCGGGCUGUAUGGCCAUGUUCCAGAAGCAUUCUCUCCUGACGUUUCGCCCAGACAUCCUCAGAGGUUGUGAGGUCUGUUGGAAACUAGGCAAGGGAGGUUUAUACAGUAGAGUCUCACUUAUCCAACAUAAACGGGCCGGCAGAAUGUUGGAUAAGCGAAUAUGUUGGAUAAUAAGGAGAGAUUAAGAAAAAGCCUAUUAAACAUCAAAAUAGGUUAUGAUUUUACAAAUUAAGCACCAAAACAUCAUGUUAGACAACAAAUUUGACAGAAAAAGUAGUUCAUUACACAUUAAUGCUAUGUAGUAAUUACUGUAUUUACGAAUUUAGCACCAAAAUAUCACGAUUUAUUGAAAACAUUGACUACAAAAAUGCGUUGGAUAAUCCAGAACGUUGGAUAAGUGAGUGUUGGAUAAGUGAGACUCUACUGUAUAUCAGUGGAAGGUCCAGGGUGGAAGAAAGAACUCUCCUCUGUUAGAAGAAAGCGUGAAUGCUGCAAUUAAUCACCUUGAUUAGCAUUGAAAAACCUUGCAGCUUCAAGGCCUGGCUGAUUCCUGCCUGGGGGAGUCCUUUGUUGGGAGGUUUUCCUUGGCCCUGAUUGUUUCCUGUCUGGAAUUUCCCUGUUUUUCUUUAUUUACUGUCCUGAUUUUAGAGGGUUUUUAAAAUACUGGUAGUCAGAUUUGGAAUUGUCCACAUUCCAUGUUGGAAUUGUCUCCAUGCAUGUGGAUUUAAGUGGCUUCUCUCUGUAGCAUGACAUGGUGGUUGUCGGAGUGGUUCAGCAUUUUUGUCUUCUCAAAUAAUAUACUACGUCCAGGUUGGUUCCUCAAAUGCUCUGCUAUGGCUGACUUCUCUGGUUGAGUUAGUGCCUUUCAUGUUCCUUAAUUCGUGUUCGGGCAAUGCUGCGUUUGGUGGUCCCUAUAGACUUGUCAACAGCUGCAUGGUAUACGGUAGACUCCUGUAGAGGUGAGAGGAUCCCUCUUGUCCUUUGCUGAACGUAGCAUUUGUUGGAUUUUCUUAGUGGGUCUGUAAUAAUAAUAAACUUUAUUUGUAUACCGCUCUAUCACCCGGAAGGGACUUAGGGCGGUUUCCACCAUAGGUAAAACAUUCAGUUACCAAAACAAGAACAUCCAACACCACCAUAAUAAAACAUCAACACAAUUGUAGAUAGUUUGUAGGUUGUGUUUCAUCCUCGGCUUCCCUAUGCGGUCAGUAAGAACACUUUUCCUCUGGGGGAGGAUCUUUACUCUCUUGUCUUGUUCUUGGCCUUGCAGCUCUUCUGAUGUCUUAUAAACCUCCCUUGCUUAGUUUCCAAUAUUCCUCACAACCUCUGAGGAUGCCUGCCAUAGAUAUGGGCGAAACGUCAGAAGAGAAUGCCUCUGGAACAUGGCCAUACAUCCCGGAAAACUCACAGCAAACCAGUGAUUCCAGCUUUCGACAACACACCAGACAACAAACUCUCACAGAACAGGCGAAACAAAGCCCUUUAAUGCGCAUUCCUUCUCUGAGGCUUGUGUGUCAUCCCCAUCCAAAUCUCUUCUGCAAAGGGAAACUACUUUUUUCAGUAUCGGUUUGAAACUGCAUUAAAAAGUCAGUAUAGACGGGGCCAUAAGAAGGAAGAAAAAGUUGAUUUGCACCGAUUGUCCCCUCCAAAAGAGCUCAGACUUUUUUUUAUCUCCACGGGACUGGUUGAUUUCCAGCCUAAGGGGAUGAGGAUGCCAACCCCUUAUGCUUAUGCAUAACCUUGUAUGCGACUGAAAGGAGAAUACUUGAAGAGACUGUCGAGCCUAACAAAAAUUUUAAAAAAUGUAUGCCUAAUGAAAGUAAAGAUCUAUGCUUUGCCAGAUUAAAAAAAAAGGAUAAAAAAAUUGAAGGAC